AUGAAUUUAUAUAAAAACCAUCCUUUUCACUUAGUAGAUGCUAGACCUUGACCUUUACUUGGAUCUUUAGGAGCUAUAACUACAAUACUAGGCUUAAUUAAAUGGUUUCAUUUAUAUGAAAAUAAUCUAUUAUUAUUAGGAUUAACUAUUUUAAUUUUAGUUAUAUAUCAAUGAUGACGAGAUAUCAUACGAGAAAGGACAUAUCAAGGCCAUCAUACAUACAAUGUAACAAUAGGCCUUCGAUGGGGAAUAAUUCUUUUUAUUAUUUCUGAAGUAUUCUUUUUCAUAUCUUUUUUUUGAGGAUUUUUUCAUAGAUCAUUAUCUCCUAGUAUUGAACUAGGAAUAAUUUGACCCCCUAAAGGAAUUCAAACUUUUAAUCCAAUAGAAAUUCCAUUAUUAAAUACAUUAAUUUUAUUAACUUCAGGACUUACAGUCACUUGAGCUCAUCAURGAUUAAUAGAAAAUAAUUAUAUCCAAGGAUUACAUGGACUAAUCCUAACCGCAACUUUAGGUAUAUACUUUACACUAUUACAAGCCUAUGAAUAUAUUGAAGCUCCAUUUACUAUUGCCGAUUCAGUUUAUGGAUCAUCCUUUUUUAUAGCAACUGGUUUUCAUGGACUUCAUGUAAUUAUUGGUUCUACUUUUUUAUUAAUUUGUUUAAUUCGUCAUAUAUUAGGACAUUUUAGUUGUAUUCAUCAUUUUGGAUUUGAAGCUGCUGCUUGAUACUGACAUUUUGUCGAUGUUGUAUGACUUUUUCUUUAUAUUUCUAUCUAUUGAUGGGGUAGAU